CCUUUCUUCCUCCCAUCAACACAACUACACAAGCAUCAAUCAUCCAACAGUUCAGUUCAUUCAUAAAUAGCACAAGGUCCACACCCUGCUAGCCAUCAAUCUUCAGGCACCACAGAGUUCUAGACGGAUCAGUCAGCAGUACCAUCUUCACCAACGCAGAGAGAGAUAUCAUGGCGGGUGCGGCGAAGGCGUCAUGGAUGGUGGCGAUGAGCGUGGGCGCCGUGGAGGCGCUCAAGGACCAGGCCGGCCUCUGCCGCUGGAACUACGCGCUCAGGUCCAUCCACCGGGCAGCCAAGGCCAGGGCCAACGUCCGCGGCACCGUCUCGCUGGGCACGAAGCAGCUUCCUGCAUCCACGGCGGCGGUGGCCGAGAGGCGGCGAGCGGAGAAGGCCGAGGAGGGGCUGAGGACCGUCAUGUACCUCAGCUGCUGGGGAACCAAUUAGUAUCCGCGAUUACUAGCUAGGCGUGUGAGUUUGUGUUUGCUGCAGUAACCAGGGCCUGGAAAUCAGCUGGUUGCUCUGCGAUUGUAAUAUACCACGACGAUGAUGAUGAUGAAAAUUUCUGUCACAUGUGUUUA